GCAGGAUCUGGAUCUGGGGCAGGAACCGGAGGCUACAGUCAAGGAACAGGUCAAGGUUACGGUACUGGUUCUGGAUCAGCUGGAGCAUAUUCAGUUGGAACUGCAUCAGCCAGUGGAGCAGCAUCAUCCCAAAUUUCACAAACCCAGAAUGUAGUUACGACUACUCAAACAGAAAAUGUAAUUUCUAGAGCAGGUAGUGCAGGCAGUGCUGCAGCCUCAGCAGGAGCAGGAGGUUAUGGACAAGCAGCAGGUCAAGGAUAUGGAUCUGGAGCAGGAUCUGGAGCUGGAGCAGCAGCAGGUUAUGGACAAGGAGCAGGUCAAGGAUAUGGUGCUGGUGCCGGAUCUGGCGCCGGUGCAGGAGCUGCAGCCGGAGCAGGAGCAGCUGGAGGCUAUGGACAAGGUGCAGGUCAAGGAUAUGGUGCUGGUGCAGGAUCUGGAGCCGGUGCAGGAGCAGGAUCUGCAGGAGGAUACGGACAAGGAGCAGGUCAAGGAUCUGGAGCAGGUGCUGGUUAUGGACAAGGAGCUGGUCAAGGAUAUGGUGCUGGUGCAGGAUCUGGGGCAGGUGCAGGAGCCGCAGCUGCAGCAGGUGCAGGAGCAGCAGGAGGUUAUGGACAAGGAUCAGGUCAAGGAUAUGGUACUGGCGCAGGGUCUGGAGCCGGUGCAGGAGCUGGAGCUGGAGCAGGUGCAGGAGGAGGUGCUGGUUACGGACAAGGAGCUGGCCAAGGAUAUGGUGCUGGAGCCGGAUCUGGGGCAGGUGCAGGAGGAGCUGGAGGCUAUGGUCAAGGAUAUGGUGCUGGAGCAGGUGCAGGAUCUGGAGCCGGUGCAGGAGCAGCUUCAGCAGCAGGUGCCGGAGCAGGAGCAGCGGGUGGUUAUGGACAAGGAGCAGGUCAAGGAUAUGGUGCUGGAGCAGGAGCCGGAUCUGGAGCCGGGGCAGCAGCAGGAGCAGGUGCAGGAUCAGGAUCAGGAAGCGGUGCUGGCUAUGGACAAGGAGCUGGUCAAGGAUAUGGUGCUGGUGCAGGAUCUGGUGCCGGAGCAGGAGCAGCAGCUGCAGCAGGUGCAGGGGCAGGAUCUGCUGGAGGUUAUGGACAAGGAGCAGGUCAAGGAUAUGGUGCUGGAGCAGGAUCUGGGGCAGGUGCGGGAGCAGCAUCUGCAGCAGGCGCUGGAGGAGCUGGAGGUUAUGGACAAGGAGCAGGUCAAGGAUAUGGUGCUGGUGCAGGAUCUGGAGCUGGUGCUGGAGCAGGAUCUGGAACUGGAGCAGGUGCAGGAAGAGGUGCUGGUUAUGGACAAGGAGCUGGUCAAGGAUAUGGUGCUGGUGCAGGAUCUGGAGCCGGUGCAGGAGCAGCUUCUGCAGCAGGGGCCGGAGCUGGAGCAGCAGCUGGAGCAGGAGCAGGAAGUGGUGCUGGCUAUGGUCAAGGAGCUGGUCAAGGAUAUGGAGCUGGUGCAGGAUCUGGUGCUGGUGCAGGAUCUGGAGCCGGUGCAGGAGCAGCUUCUGCAGCAGGGGCCGGAGCUGGAGCAGCAGCUGGAGCAGGAGCAGGAAGUGGUGCUGGUUAUGGACAAGGAGCUGAUCAAGGAUAUGGUGCUGGUGCAGGAUCUGGAGCCGGUGCAGGAGCAGCAGCUGCAGCAGGAGCUGGAGCAGGAUCUGCUGGAGGUUAUGGACAAGGAGCAGGUCAAGGAUAUGGAGCUGGAGCAGGAGCAGGAUCUGGGGCAGAUGCGGGAGCAGCAUCUGCAGCAGGCGCUGGAGGAGCUGGAGGUUAUGGACAAGGAGCAGGUCAAGGAUAUGGUGCUGGUGCAGGAUCUGGAACUGGUGCUGGAGCAGGAUCUGGAGCUGGAGCAGGUGCAGGAAGAGGUGCUGGUUAUGGACAAGGAGCUGGUCAAGGAUAUGGUGCUGGUGCAGGAUCUGGAGCCGGUGCAGGAGCAGCAGCUGGAGCAGGCGCAGGAGCAGGAAGUGGUACUGGCUAUGGACAAGGAGCUGGUCAAGGAUAUGGUGCUGGAGCAGGAUCCGGUGCUGGUGCUGGUGCAGGAUCUGGAGCUGGUUCUGGAGCUGGAGCAGGUGCAGGAAGAGGAGCUGGCUAUGGACAAGGAGCUGGUCAAGGAUAUGGCGCUGGUGCUGGAGCAGGUGCAGGAGCUGCUGGAGGAUAUGGACAAGGAGCAGGUCAAGGAUCUGGUUCUGGUGCUGGAUCUGGGGCAGGUGCAGGAGCAGGAAGUGGUGCUGGUUAUGGACAAGGAGCAGGUCAAGGAUAUGGUGCAGGAUCAGGGGCUGGUGCAGGAGCAGCAGCUGCAGCAGGCGCAGGAGGAGCUGGUGGUUAUGGACAAGGAGCAGGUCAAGGAUAUGGUGCAGGUGCUGGAUCUGGUGCCGGAGCAGGAUCUGGAGCUGGUGCAGGAGGUGGAGCAGAUGUAGGAAGAGGAGCUGGCUAUGGACAAGGAGCUGGUCAAGGAUAUGGUGCUGGUGCAGGAUCUGGAGCCAGUGCAGGAGCAGCAGCCGGAGCAGGUGCAGGAGCAGGAAAUGGUGCUGGCUAUGGACAAGGAGCUGGUCAAGGAUAUGGAGCUGGAGCAGGAUCUGGUGCUGGUGCUGCAGCAGGAUCUGGAGCUGGUGCAGGUGCUGGAGCAGGAAGAGGUGCUGGCUAUGGACAAGGAGCUGGCCAAGGAUAUGGCGCUGGUGCAGGAUCUGGAGCUGGUGCUGGAGCAGGUGCAGGAGCUGCAGGAGGAUAUGGACAAGGAGCAGGUCAAGGAUCUGGUUCUGGUGCUGGAUCUGGGGCAGGUGCAGGAGCAGCGGGUGGCUAUGGACAAGGAGCUGGUCAAGGAUAUGGCGCUGGUGCUGGUUCUGGAGCUGGAGCAGGAUCUGGAGCUGGAUCAGGAUCUGGAGCAGGAAGUGGUGCUGGUUAUGGACAAGGAGUUGGCCAAGGAUAUGGUGCUGGUGCAGGAUCUGGUAAAGGAUAA